AGAGACCACCAAUAAUUAGUUUUUUAAGACCAACAAAAAUAAUAUACAAAAAAAAAACAGCAAAGCAUACCGAGAAAGCAUAGAGCACCAUGGAAUCGCAACAGUCUGGUGACAGUGACUGGGAAUUCGAUGAACUGGAAGAUGAAAAUGAUGUCAUAUUCACAAAAGCCACACAGCAGGUACAAAAAACUCAUGACAAGAUAAUGCCCAAUGACCUGUUGCAGCUCUAUGGUCUUUUCAAACAAGCGACUGUGGGAAAAUGUAAUACUUCGAAACCAAGCAUGUUUGCUAUGCAAGCACGUGCAAAGUGGAGUGCUUGGGAGGAGCUGGGUUCAAUGUCAUCCGAGAAGGCUAAAGAACUUUAUGUGGAAAAAGUUAAGCAGCUUGAUCCCCAUUGGUAUGAACAAAUACAAAAGGGAGAGAAUAUGUCAGGCGGUGGUGGAACAGGUUGGGUGGUACACUCAAUCGAAUUGCCCCCCGACGACGUUCUGACACAUAAGCCAGAUUGCGAAAAGACUAUAUUUGAUUUUGUUAAAGAUCGCAAUUUUUCCAAGGUAGAAGAGAUGCUGAAUCCAAGCGAUUUACAAGCACUAGAUGAAACUGGUCUUGGUCUUAUACACUGGGCUACCGAUGCCAAUAAUGUACAGAUUUUAUCACUACUAUUAUCUUCUGGGUGUCCUGUAGAUUUGCAAGAUGCAGAACAACGGCAAACGGCUUUACAUUAUGCCACAUCAUGUGGCCAUUCGGAAUGUAUACGUUUGCUAUUGCAGUAUGGGGCUGAUAAAAUGGCUAAGGAUAUUGAUGGACAGACCUGUGUGGAUGUUGCAGAUACGACGGUACUUUCACUAUUAAAUUAAACAAUGUCUCUCAAAGAGAUAUUCCAAUUAAGAAAACUUCGCUUUGCUUCUUUUUAAUAAUAACAAUAAAAACAAAACAAUUAUCUUA